GGAUUACAAGACAGAUGUUGCCUGCGCUCUUGUGUGCAGUUGUUCGAUGAGAUUGCGGAAUGCACUCAUCGUGAGCGUCGUGCGCGCGCUGGAUUCGGUAAUGGAUGCUUAGAGCAGCCUCAGAGUGCAAAGGGGAUACAGCGAAGAGAGGAGUCGCGUUCUGAAGCUCAGCAAGAGGUGGACGGAUGGCGUCGUAUGUCAGAAAUAGAAAACAGCAGGCUCAACCAAAGGAAGAUGCUCCCCUGGCAGAUGAUAAGGAAACACCAAGGACUGACCCCGCGGAGAGAGGGGUGCCGUGUAUUAAUAAGCGUGUGUUUCAGUUGUUCUUGCUUGCCUUUGUUGCUAUACUAUUUGUGGGAGUGAAACGGUUCCGAGAUGAACAGCUAGCUACCACCCGGGAAGCAGUUCUGAAGUCCCUUGGGAAUGAAGGUCUGUUCCUUUUCUCUUCACUGGACACAGAUGGAGACAUGUAUAUCAGCCCAGAGGAAUUCAAGCCAAUAGCAGAGAAGCUGACAGGUAAUGUCCUAGGAUCAAACUUUGAAGAGGAGGAUGGUCUGGAUCCUAAUGGCGAGACACUGACUAUUGAAGCCAAGUUUCAGCCUCUGCUGCUGGAAACCAUGACAAAAAGCAAAGAUGGUUUCCUUGGGGUUUCCCAUAAUUCUUUAGUCGGUCUGAGGAACUGGAAGACUGUGGCACAGGCAGUCAGUGUAUUUUUUGCCCAGCAGUUCAAGGCUUUCCUCCCACCAAAGGAGCAUUUAGAUGUUGGUGAGAUGUGGUGGAUUAUUCCCAGUGAACUAAAUAUCUUUACAGGAUACCUACCCAACAACAGAUACUAUCCUGCAACUCCUAAAGGCAGGGAAGUUCUGAUACACAAUCUUCUAAGUAUGUUCCACCCUCGGCCUUUUGUGAAAUCCAGGUUUGCAGCACAAGGGACAGUUGCUUGCAUUCGAGCCAGAAAUGAUUUCUACUAUGACAUUGUAUUCAGAAUUCAUGCUGAGUUCCAGUUGAAUGAACCACCGGAUUUCCCCUUCUGGUUUUCACCUGCCCAGUUUACGGGACACAUUAUUAUUUCCAAAGAUGCGUCUCAUGUCAGGGAAUUCAAGCUCUAUGUUCCAAACAACAGGUCUCUCAAUGUUGACAUGGAGUGGCUGUAUGGAGCCAGUGAAAGCAGCAACAUGGAGGUUGAUAUUGGAUAUCUGCCACAGAUGGAGCUGGAAGCAGUAGGACCCUCAAUUCCCUCAGUUAUACAUGAUGAGAAUGGCAACAUUAUUGACAGCAUUGAUUUCUCAAAUGAGCCCAUUCAGUUUGUAUUUGAGGAGAUCAACUGGAAGUCAGAAAUCAGCAUGGAGGAGGCUUCCAGAAUCUUAGAAGUUGCCAUGUAUCCUUUCAAGAAGGUUCCAUACCUUCCUUUUACUGAGGCUUUUGACAGAGCAAAAGCAGAACAUAAACUUGUGCAUUCCAUAUUGCUGUGGGGUGCAUUAGAUGACCAGUCAUGCUGAGGUUCGGGGCGAACCCUCCGGGAAACUGUCCUGGAGAGUUCGCCCAUCCUUGCUCUCUUGAAUGAGAGUUUCAUCUGCAGCUGGUCCCUAGUGAAGGAACUGGAGGAUCUUCAGAGUAAUAAAGAAAAUGCAUUUCAUGCUGAGAUGGCAAGGCUGCAUUUAGAAAAGUACAACUUUCCAGUUGAGAUGAUGAUAUGUUUGCCAAAUGGAACUGUGGUGCACCAUAUUAAUGCAAAUGACUUUCUGGAUAUUACUUCUGUCAAGCCAGAAGAGGUUGAAGGCAGCAGUUUUAGCUUUUACAUCAGUUCUGAGGAUCCAGCUACCAUGACCUACUUGAAAUUUUUAAAACAAGGGCUGGAAAAUGCUGCACAUUAUUUUCAGUCCUAACUACUGAUCAUUUGAGUAGGGGUGAUAUUUGACCAUCAUAGUGGAAUUCAGAGUGCUGUGACAUGGAAGUGAGUCAUAUUUGUAUUUUCCUGUAUAAGGACACAGUUCUUAAUGCAAGUCCAGAUGUUUUUAUGCAGUAUGCUGCAGAUUAGUUUCUGCUUAACUGAAAGAAAACAGUGAAGAAACAUGGAACCUUUCUCUGUUUUGACAGUGCAAAUGGAUUGUGCAGGUUUUUGUAGCGUUUGAAGAGGUCUUUCACUCAUAUUGGGUCAAAUCUGCAACAGAGCUCAUCUUCAGGGAGAGAAUGUAUACUUGGCCAAGCAAUGGCCAUCACCCAUACAGUUGAAUGACUGAGUAAACCUACAGUUUCUUAAGUAUAUGGGAAAAGUUACCUUCAAAUAAUACUCCCUUCUGUUCAGGUACUAGUAGUGUUUUGCCGUUCUUGGCAUAUUAUGCACUAGCCCAUUUCUGCGUGACAUAUUCUCCUGAGGCAAAAAUGAUUGUCUGCUGAGGUAUGAAAUAUUUCGAUGGUUGUUCAGCCUGUCAAGCUACUUUAUUAUCCAAAGAGUUUAUUAAGACUUUAAUAACAGUAAAGCCAAGAAAAAAUCUGUUAUGUUUUUAAAUCCUGAUAAGUUUUUCUACCAAUUUACUGAAGAGAGAGAGGCCUGACAUUUGGAAUCGGAUAUGCUGCAAGUGUGGAUUGAGAACUCUCAAAUAGUGUUCAUGCAGUUAUUUUCUCUUACAUGUUUUAUCCUUUUUAGGGACAUGGGGAGACUAAACUAGGUUGUCCCUUCCUGGUCUUGAGCUAUGCAUUUGGAAUCCCUUACUCAUUUUUUCAUAUCCUUUUACCUGACUUGUGUGCCAUUAUCAAGCAUCAGCCAUCUGCUGUCACACAUCAAUCCCCUGUUACUUCUUUUGGUACCAGACUCUUUCCAGUUUCAUCUUUGGUACUGGAGUGAUAGCUAAGCAAUGGGUUGGGUCAUAAUCCAAAUAGCCUUGCAUGGGAGAUGCUGUUUUCUCCCUCAUCCUGCAUGUAUUCCUUGUGGCUACUGUCCCAUCUGCCAUUGCCAUAAUAUGGCUUGUGGUACUGGAUCUUUCCACAUGCAUGCCUCCAUUCACGUACCACCUGGCUACAAUGCAUAUAUUGCUUAGUGAUCCAAGUGUGAGUCACCAGUGUGAUGGGUCAAGCAGCCUCUCUCCUAGGGAUGGGUGAGUCAAUGUUAGCCAUUCAUUUCCACCAACUCCAGCCGGCUCAUCCAAGUUGUUAGGUCAUUAUUUGGUAUUCAGGGUUCUAUCCCUCUGUACCAUGAAGGUGGCACUAUAAAUGCUCAUUUUGAGACUUAUGGCUUUAUGGUUAGUCUUACAGAAUUGCUCUUAAAUCAGUUUGUUUUAAACAUUUUUCUAAAGAAAUUCUAGCUUAAAAAAUGUAUGCAUCAGUGUUUGCACUUGCUGUCACUAAUCAUCAUUUGCAGAGGAAAGGAUCACAUUUCAGUGACAGCUAAAAUACUGUGCCUGAUAUCCAUACAUGAGAUGCAUUUGCUGCUUGUGUUCUGUGUAAACGUUUUGAUUGCAAAACAGAAGCUGAUCAGCAUCAACUUGUAAUAUGGGCUUCGCCUGCCAACAGGAAGUUGCAUUUAGUAAAGAGGAUUGUUGUUGACAGAGCACCAGUUGUUUAUUGUGCCCAGGGAAAAUGCUCCCUUACAAGGGAACAUAUCCAUGAUCCAGACUGCAACAGUACUGUGAAUCUUAGCUCAAACUGUCAGAAUUAAAAUUUACAUAGCAUUUAGUUUAUAUCCUUAACAAUAAAGUCUCUUUUGCCAUAUUUCAAGGUUUCAGAAAAUCCUGAUCCAGAAUCUAGAUUUAAUACCUAAACUCAAGGCUUCAAGAAGGCCUGUAAGAUCAUUUCACUCCCUAGACUUUCCCUAUGCUAAUUUUCUCAGGAGUUCAAAACCAAGCUGUCAAGUCAUGUCUCAGAGCAAAUCAUACUCAUUUCUGUUACUGUUUGGUGUCCCAAGUCCUGUUUUGGCAUAUUAUUUUAUCUUGUUUUUUUUUAUCAUUUAGCUGUCUGCAGGGCUGCAGAGACUUUCCCCAUUGGUGAAAAUAUGUGGUGUUGAAAAGUAUCACUACUAAGCACUGUAGACAUGAUUACUGUGUUUUUUCAAGGCCAGUCAUAUCUCAGAAUUCAGUCUCACUGAGGUGAAGUAUCAAGCCACUGUUUUAUUUAUUUUAUUUUUGUUUAACAUUUGUUUACUGGGAAAGUCCAACUGGGACAGAGCCCAUUUUCAGCAGAGGCCCCAGGGAGAAAUGCUCCCGACACGUCUUUGGAAUGUGGGAGGAAACCAGAGCAUCCAGAGGAAGCCCACGUGAAUGCAGGGAGGAGAUGACAACUCAGCACAGAAGACACCCCAGCUAACUAGAGAACCUUAUCCUAUGAGGCAACAAUGCUAACCGCUCCACCACUGCACCACCCUGUUCACUAUAAGGACCAAGUUACUUGUGCACUGAAAUAUCUGUGAACCAGUCUGCUCUACUUCAAGUCUUUUUCAGGGCUGUCUUAGAAGGAUGCUACAGGUAGGCAACAGGUGGCAACAUUUUUUCCUGGAUUUCUCUUGUAAUACAAAUCUGGGACUCCUGACAGUUUUAACUUUGGUCUGUCAUCUAGUGUCACAGCCAGCAUCACUGUGGUUGUGUAGCAGCAUUUCUUUUGCAUGCUUUGCAUGUCAACAACUUCUGUUCAUGAUCAAACAUUGAAGAUUUCCAGACUGGAAAUUUGUGAAAAGAGAGCAUGCUUUAGGAUCACCGUGAAGAUUAGAGUAUGAUAUUACGCACAGCAUCUUUUCAGUCCAAUCUACCUUUGUCCUUUAAAAUGUGAGCCAGUGUCAGGCCAAGGGAUGCUGCUGAAAAUAAAAAUUAGUGCCUAUCCAAACAUACCACUGUUUAAACAAUAUCAAAAUCAGCAAUGGGUGCAUUCACUUUGGUAGCAAAUACUUCAACACAGAGUAAAGAAAUACAAGAAACAGAGAGCACUUAGUAACUCAAGUGUGGAACAUGCUUUUUCUUCAGGUAUGGGGGAAUCUUUGUAGACUUCUAGUUUCAAGUGAGUCAUCUCAAGAUAAUAUUUCGGAGGUCACUUCUGUACUUCAUAUGGUUAUCUUUGACUUUUUAAGUGUUUAAAGAUAAAGAUGCACACCCACUUAAAAACAUGUAGCAAUGAGCUUAGCCUUCCCACAAAAGGAAAAACAAAAGUGAGAGGCCCAGAUGAAUUUUGCAGUUGAAUCAGUACCAGUGUCAAUAAUAUUCACACUGGCUAAAAUUUAUAAAAUUAAAAAAAAAAAUUAAAAUUAAAAAAAAAAAAUCAGCAGCAUCCCUACCAUUAGCUAUGAAUUCAGUAAGACUGCAUCAUGCCAACUAUUCUGCUAAGUAAACUAGAAGAUGCUCAUAUGAGUAGACUUGCGCACACACACACACACACACACACACACACACACACACACACACACACACACACACACACACACACACACUCUCUCUCUCACUCACACAUGCACUCAGCACUCAUCCAGUGUUAAAUAUCACCAACUGCACAAGUUCAUUUAAAAUUGUCUCACUGUUUAACAGAUAAAACCUACUUGCAGCUAAGGAUAAAAUUCACGUGCCUGGGCUAAUUAUUUAAUCACAUCCAUCCAUGCUUACCUUGCUCUGAAUCUUGGCUCUACAAUUAGAGGAAUCAGAUAGCCCCCAGUUCAGUCAGUGUUGUUGUGUCUUUCGGCUUUUCUCGGUUAGGGGUCAAAACAGUUGUAUCCUGUCACCUUUAAACGGUAGUACUCAGAGUGGUAACACCAUAGCUGCCGGUCUAUUUCUAUGCCUGUUCCCAGACUGGUCUCUUCACAAACAGUGUCACAACUUCUUUUUAGGCGUAGUUCUGUUUGUGUCGACCCUUCCUCAAUAUCCCUGCUUCUUUCAUAGCUCCACCAUCUCACGCUGACAUGUUGAAGGACAAAUACUGAACCUUCCAUCUUUUUCUAUUGCUGCCCUUACAACACCUAUUAAAACAAGCAUAGGCUUCUCUCUCAGUCUCUGUAUGAAGCACAUUUAAAAGCACAGUGACUGCCUAAAAGACUGCUGCAUUUUGUCUUCUUU